AUGAGGGGCAGCGCCGGCUCCCAGACGGACACAGACACGGACAGGGAUGUGAACUUGGGAACAGACACAGAGAAGGACGCGGUCACGGUCACAAGCACAGACACAGGCACAGACAUGGAGGACAGGCACAUGUGUGGGGCCAUGGGCGCGCCUGGUGUCGGGGGCGUGGGGGGCCCUGGACGGACCAACACCAGGCUGACGCCCCGUGUCCCCUGCGAGCGGCGCCGGCCCCGGGAUGAACGGGUGGCGCACGCACUCGCGCGCGGCCGCCCCGGGUGGACCUGCAGGCCUGUGGCGGGGCCGGGGCGCCCCGGCAGGUGCAGCGGGGCCGAGGGGCCGGCGCGGACGUGGGGAGCAGCCAGGGCCGCGGGUCGGGAGGAGCGCCGGCGGGACCUGCGGGGAGGGUGGGGUCACGGGUACCCUCUGUACCAGCUGGGCAACCCCCAGCUCCGUGUCUUCCGAACAAACUUCUUCAUUCGGCUGGUGCGGCCCGGCACGGCCCAGCCCGAGGACACCGUGCAGUUCCGGAUCCCCAUGGAGAUGACCAGGGUGGACGUCAGGAAUUACCUCGAGCGCAUCUACAACGUGCCCGUGGCCGCCGUGCGGACGAGGGUGCAGCACGGUUCCAACAGGAAGAGGGAUUACAGAAACGUCAGGAUGAAGAAACCAGACUACAAGGUGGCCUAUGUGCAGCUGGCGCACGGACAGACCUUCACGUUCCCCGAUCUGUUUCCCGAGAAAAAGCAGAGCCCUGACGGCAGCCCUAGCGACGAAGACAUCCAGGACAGGCUCCUGGAUGAGCAGCGGCGGAGGCAGAGCCGGGACCCGCGGCGUGGUGGUGUCCCCGGCUGGUUCGGCCUGUGACGGCCCCAAUAAAGUCCUGCGUGUGGAGUAAAGA